AUGGGCAGGGCUGUGAAGUGCGCGUGUAGCCUCGGACUGAUGGUCCUGGCGAUGGUGAUGGUUGUGGGGAUCGCUGAAGGGCGUCGGCUUGAGAAAGAUAACUUGCUUGGCGGUGGUGGGAUCGGAGGAGGGUUCGGUGGUGGAGUUGGUGGGGGCUUUGGUGGCGGGACUGGUGUCGGUGGUGGCUUUGGAGGUGGUAAAGGUGGAGGGGGUGGUUUUGGUGGUGGUGCUGGUGCUGGUGCUGGUGGCGGGGCUGGAGGUGGCUUUGGAGGUGGAGCUGGUGGAGGUGCCGGUGCUGGAGGUGGCUUUGGAGGCGGCAAAGGUGGUGGUAGCGGGAGUGGUGGAGGUGGUGGUUCUGGCGGUGGAUUUGGAGGUGGCAAGGGUGGUGGAGCUGGUGGAGGCGGUGGCUUUGGAGGUGGCAAAGGUGGUGGAGCUGGAGGAGGAGUUGGUGGUGGAGCAGGUGGCGGAGGUGGUGCCGGUGGUGGCUUUGGGGGAGGCAAAGGAGGUGGAGCUGGUGGGGGUGUAGGUGGUGGAGCCGGUGGAGGGGUUGGAGGCGGAGGUGGAGCUGGUGGAGGUGCAGGUGGUGGCUUUGGGGGAGGUAAAGGAGGUGGAGCUGGUGGAGCCGGUGGAGGGGCUGGAGGCGGAGGUGGAGCUGGUGGAGGUGCAGGUGGUGGCUUUGGGGGAGGUAAUGGAGGUGGAGCUGGUGGAGGUGUAGGUGGUGGAGCCGGUGGAGGGACUGGAGGCGGAGGUGGAGCUGGUGGAGGUGCAGGUGGUGGCUUUGGGGGAGGUAAUGGAGGUGGAGCUGGUGGAGGUGUAGGUGGUGGCUUUGGGGGAGGAAAUGGAGGUGGAGCUGGUGGAGGUGUAGGUGGUGGAGCCGGUGGAGGGGCUGGAGGCGGAGGUGGAGCUGGUGGAGGUGCAGGUGGUGGCUUUGGGGGAGGUAAUGGAGGUGGAGCUGGUGGAGGAGUAGGUGGUGGAGCCGGUGGAGGGGCUGGGGGCGGAGGUGGAGCUGGUGCAGGUGCAGGUGGUGGCUUUGGGGGAGGCAAAGGAGGUGGAGCUGGUGGAGGUGUAGGUGGUGGAGCCGGUGGAGGUGCUGGAGGCGGAGGUGGAGCUGGUGGUGGUGCUGGCGGAGGAAUCGGAGGUGGAGCUGGUGGUGGUGCUGGCGGAGGAAUCGGAGGUGGAGGUGGUGCUGGUGGCGGGGUUGGCGGUGGCUCCGGCGGAGGUUUUGGAGGAGGAAUCGGGGGUGGUAAUGGAGGGGGCUUUGGCGGAGGAGGCGGCAUUGGUGGAGGCUUUGGAGGCGGCAGCGGUGCAGGUGGUGGAUUGGGCGGUGGAAUCGGGGGUGGCGGUGGAGGAGGAGGUGGUGGUGGGUUCUAA